UUAAUCAUUACAAUACGAUGGUCACACAGACUUGUUAGUUAAGUUAAAGUUACAGUGGUGUUACAAUGUAUUCGCAGAUCGCUCUACUGUUUUGUCUUCUACAGUCAGUCUUUGCGUAUACUCUAGUACAGGUAGAGUUGAAGAAUGGCACGGAAGUAACUCAAGUGAAGGAGUUAAAAAACAACACUCUGGAGAAGAUAAGCGCUGAGAUUAAACUGCAGGAUCCUUCGCUUCGUGAGAUAAUAUUUGUCGUCGACAGAUAUCUCGAUAAACACGACGACGAGAAAAAUUCAAUAAAGAAGAAACCGCAGAAGCUUCCUAUACCUUUAGACGAAUCAGUUCGUCCCUUCACCAAUGGUCACGGCUACCAAUUCGCCCACUGGGAACUAGUUGAUGAACACCAAAAAGCAAGAGAAGGUUAUAGCAGCGAAGAUAAAAGUACCACUGGCAGUGAUGGCGGCCAAGGUGAUUAUGGUGAUGACACCGAUAACUAUGAUGAAACCGCACGUGACGGAGCAGAUAAACAUGACGGAAAUGAUACGGUUCAACUAAAUGACAGAGUUCGCCAAAAAAGACACAUAAACUAUCAGAACGUUCCAGAAACACCGACUCAGCGCAUAGAUCACCAAGCGAUGCCAGAUUACAUGAACAGAAUGUUUACUAAUAGACCAACCUUUGAAAAUUUAAAAAAAACGCACGGUCCAAUAUUGAGAGAUGAACAUGGAAAUGUUUAUUUUGAAAAUAUGAGCACAGUGUCUGGAGGUAGUCACUUGGGCAGUAUUCCCAGAGCAUAUGGGAUAAACUUAAAUAAUGAUCAAGGUUACUCCUGGAAUCACAUAAAUAACAUGCAAAAUGAACCUAUUUACAACCAACCUUACAACCAAGCUGUUCAGCAAAGGCCUUUUGAAAGUCAUACGGUAAAUAAUAAUCCGUAUAGACAAAUAAAACCAUUAAAUACACCGGAAGCCGAGAUAAGAAACGAUAAAGAUAUAUCUACAUCAGAAAUUAAUAAGGUGCUUGGUAAAAAUAAAUUGAAUCAGGUUUCGAACUAUGAACUGCCGCAUAGAGUGCCUAAGAAAAAUUUUACUCAAAUAAUUGACAGAGAAACAGAAAUAAAUAAUAGUGAAGUAAACAGUAACGUUAGAAACAAAGAAGAUAUGAUAAAAACUGUCAACCAAAUAAGUCAAAGGAUCGGUGGUAUCAAAAACAAAAUAAAAGAUAGAUUUGCUAUUAACAAAAAUAGCAGUUUAGCUUUACCCGAAGAAAAAAAAAAUCUUACAUUCGGAACAAGCUUGAUAAGUGAUAAAGGAGAAACUCUAAGCGAUAUUGCAGACCCACAAGUUCAUAUAAAUGAAGUAACACCGCCAAAUUCUAAUAAUAUCACCCUUUGUAACGAUAAACUGGAAGCUCAUAACAACACAGAUGAAAAUAAUGCAACUGAUGCUAAAAUAAUAGAAACUAAUUAUGUCUAUACGGAAAGAAGUGCAAACAGCUCAUUAAACAACGUUAUUAUAAAUAUAGAUAAAGUAAUUAAUACGGAAAUGGAAAUACUAGAAGAAAAAACUGUCGUCCCUAACACAGAACUGCAAAAUAAUCAAGAACCUGUUUCUAAUCUGACAGUCUUAGAAAGUACACCUGAGGAGCCCGAACCACGGACCAUAGCAAUAAUAAAUGCAAAAAAAUAUAAGACUAAUGACGAGAAAGAUAAAGAACUCAUUAAACCUUUGACUAUCGAAAGUUUCAAUGAGAAUCCAGGUGCGGAAAUAGAAGAAGAGACAGAAGAUAUUAUGCUUACUACCGAAGCCAAUAACAAAACUGAAGAAAAAUGCCACAAAGAAAAAUGUAAAACUACUUAUAAUGACAACAUAGAUCCCGUGAAUCUCAAUUUUGAUGAAUUAUUUAAUACGGACAAGUUUUGGGAUUGGCUUUCAAAAUGGACAACGUCUUACAUGGAAAUACUAAAUGAGAACAUCCAAGUACUUGUAAAAGAUGAAGUAGCUAAACAAUUGGAAGAUGUACAAUUGAAAACUGAAAUAGAAAGAGACAGCUUUAUCCAAAAUUAGAAAAAUCACGUAGAAUCACCAAACAAAGAAGAUGAGGAAAUCCUGCCAUAGAAAAUAUAAUUUAAAUCGAUUUGGAUGAUUUAAUAAAUAUUUAUAAACUAUUGUUA